CUGACGACCAGGGCACAAACACCACAAUGCGAGAGGGCAUGCUCGUUUCUUCUGAUUUGCAUAACAUGGUCUUGCAAGAUGUUGACACUGAAGAUGUUCAAGCCUUUGAGGCUGAAGAGGACAAGACCAUUGACGCGGCUGUCAAGAAACAGGCCACCUACGGCUCAAGUGUUGUUGCCAGCGGUAUCAACCCGGACCCGCCGCCAGCUCUGGCUAAGCUGCCGCCAAAUCCCAUUUCUCUCAUUAACAUCCCAGUUUCCUUUAAUAUUUACAGGAACUCUACUUGAACCAUGUAAAUAAGGUCGGAGUUAGGUGGUGAUGAUGG